UGCAAAUCAAUGGAAGGCUUUCCAAAAGCAAUAAAGAGUGGCCUCAUCACCAAGGAGCCUUCGCCUACUGCUACCAAUCUUUCAUUCAGUCCUGGGGGCACAGGCUCCUAUUCGGCUUCUUCAUCGGACCCAGUUUCUCUCUUGCUCACCAGACCCCCCAGGCGAGCGGUAUCGCUGUUGACUUGCUCCAAGCUUUGUGGGUUUUGCUUUGUUGCUGGGAUUAUAGUUGGCUACACCCUGAAGCAGCGAGUCCGUCGAUGGGCUGCUAGACUCCUGAGGAGGAUCAAGGAUGAUUGAUGUUGUAUCCAAAAACUCUUUUCCCUUGACAUUAUAUUAAGGGCCUAUUUAGAAAAUUGAAAAACUAAUGAUGCUUUGCUUCAGCUGCUAGAAACUAACAAAUAUAGAUACAAGCUUCUCUUGUAUCCUGAUACUAUUUAGUAGAUGCUGAUUUUUAAAGAUCUGUUCUUUGAUUCUGUGGUUCAAUAACAUUAUCUGAUGAUUGAUGAGGUGGAGAAGAUCAUUAUUAC